AGCUCAAAAGUUGCUCGGAGUCGCAGUUUAACUGCGGCGCUCCGACCAACGAGUGCAUCCCGAGGAGGUGGCACUGCGACGGCGCCGCUGACUGCAAGAACGGAGCGGAUGAGACAAACUGCACUGCGAAACUAUGCAAAGACGAUCAGUUUCAGUGCGCCAGCGGCCAGUGCGUGUCCAAGAUGUUUGUCUGUGACAACGAGGACGACUGCUCCGACGGCUCGGACGAGAAGUCCUGCCCCAAACCCACCUGCAGCUCCACCUCCUUCCAGUGCAACAACCUGGUCUGUGUUCCCGCCCUGUGGCUCUGCGAUGGAGACGUGGACUGCGCCGACGGCUCCGACGAGUGGCCCAAGAACUGCCGAGGGAAGGAGCCGGAGAAGACGCCGUUGCCGUGCGGCGCCCAGGACUUCAGGUGUGGGAGCGGGAGCUGUAUCCACAGCAGCUGGAGGUGUGACGGAGAAGAGGACUGCUCUGACCGAUCCGAUGAGCUCAACUGCAACCAAACUUCUUGUCGUCCGGAUCAGUUCCGGUGCAACAACGGCACCUGCAUCAGAGACGGCCUCCGGUGUAACUCGGAGCGUGACUGUGUCGACGGCAGUGACGAGCUCGGCUGCAGCUCCGAGGACGCGUGCAAACACCCCACGAAAUUCAGAUGUGGCAGUGGGGAAUGCAUCAGGAUGGACAACGUGUGCGACAAGGACAGAGACUGCAGCGACGGCUCUGAUGAACCCAGCGGUGUGUGUGGAACAAACGAAUGUCUGACGGCAAACGGAGGCUGCGCUCAUGAAUGCACCGACCUGAAGAUCGGCCACAGCUGCUCCUGCCCCGCCGGGUACCGCCUGAAGACCGACAACCACACCUGUGAAGACGUCGAUGAAUGUGAGCUUCCGGACGUCUGCGGUCAGGUCUGCAUCAACCUGCCCGGCAGCUUCAAGUGCGACUGCAACGACGGCUACGAGAUGGACCCCACGAGCAACACGUGCAAAGCUGAGUCAGGGACGGUGCCCACGCUGUUCUUCACCAACAAGCACGAGGUGAGGAAGAUCACGGUGGACCGCAGCGAGUACGUCAGACUGAUGUCGCAGCUGAAGAACGCAGUGGCUCUGGACCUGGACCUGCCAAACAAGAAGAUCUUCUGGUCUGACCUGUCUCUGAAGAAAAUCUUCAGCUCCAGGAUGGACGAGGCCGGCGACUCCUCUCGUCACAGCGUUGUGAUCGGCAGCUGGAUUGAGGCUCCAGAAGGUGUCGCAGUGGACUGGAUCCAUGGCAACAUCUACUGGACUGACAGCAUUUUGAAGACCGUCUCCGUGGCGACCACAGACGGCAGCAAGAGGAGAACCCUGGUGACGGAGAACCUCGGGAAGCCCAGAGCCAUCACGGUGGACCCGGUGAAUAACUUCAUGUACUGGACAGACUGGGGGGAGGAGCCUAAAAUUGAGAAGUGCGGGCUAAACGGCGCCGGUCGCAGCGUCUUGGUGAAAGACGACAUUGAAUGGCCCAACGGCAUCACUCUUGACAUGGUCAACCAGCGUCUGUACUGGGCCGACUCCAAGCUGCACACCAUCUCCAGCAUCGACGUGAACGGAGGGACCCGACACACGGUGCUCUCCGGUGUGGAAAAGCUCCACCGACCCUUCUCGCUGGCCGUCUUUGAGGAGAAAGUCUUUUGGACGGACGCCAGCAAGAGCGCCAUUUUUAGUGCGAACCGCUGGACUGGACGGGACAUGAGGGAGCUGGUGUCUGACGUGGGGCAGCCCGAGGACCUGGUGCUCCACCACAGCCUCAAGCAGCCGCUCGGUGUGAACUGGUGCACGCAGGGCCACCGAACGGGUGCAGGGUGUGAGUUUCUGUGCCUCCCUGCUCCUGUGACGGAGCAGAGCUCCGCCCAGUUCACCUGCACCUGUCCGGACAACGCCACGCUCCACACCGACAUGAGGACAUGUGUCCGAGAAGGCUCAGCGGCACCUCCACCUCCCACCAAACAGCCCACCUCCACCCGGCCCACGAGUAGCUCCACGAUCCAGAGCACACAGAAACCUGCUGAUACUCAAGGCAGAGUCCAGCCGGCGGCGCCUGCGGAGGCGCCGUCCUCCCACCCGGCUGCGCUCUACGUGGCGCUGCCGCUCGUGAUCCUCGUCGUGGUGGCGUUGGGAGCAGUGUUGCUAUGGCGACAGUGGCGAGUGAAGAGCGCCAACACCAUCCACUUCGACAACCCGGUGUACCAGAAAACCACGGAGGACGAGCUGCACAUCUACAGGAAUGGCUCCGACGGCUACGUGUACCCCGAGAGACAAAUGGUGAGCCUGGACGACCUGGAUGUAGCCUAACACGGAGGACACGGAGGAGACGGAGGACACGGAGGAGACGGAGGAGCGAGUUUAAACUUCAGGAGUGAGGCUGGACCAGUCGCUCUCUCACAACGCAGGAUGCUGUCAGCAACGUGCACGGGCUCACUGCACCCACCAUUUAAUUCCCCGACACAUGCACGCCAGACGUGCACUGUUUCCUCGUGUGCCUCUUGCCUUCCAGGUCCUGAGCAGCUCUCGUCCUGCGGCCGUCACUCCGGCCGGAGCUGCGGACCAUCAGCUGAUGUUGAUCUCUGUGUUCAUGCUCGUCCAAACUCUGCGCACGUGACCGGAGCCGCAGGAGCCGCAGGAGCCGCACACUUUAGCUGCUGACUUUUAUUUGAACGAACCCA